AAUUCAUUCUCUCUGAUUUCAGCUCUGCCAAAUCGUUUCCGUCGUGCCGACAAAGUCGAGCGAUAUUGCGCCAAGCAUCUGGAGCACUACCGUAACUACUGCUCCGACGAAACGGCCGACUUGGAUCGGGCUAGCAUGGCCAAAUUGGCCAAAUUCUGCCCAGCAUACGAGAAACACUGUUCAUUUUCGAAACGAAUGAAAGACGACUCCAGCGAAUCCGAAUAUGGCAAUCUCGUCAUCCCACCACCUCUACCUAAAGGAAGCGAUUUCGCAGCUCUCGAUCUGCCGAUCGGUAGUCAGACCAAAGGGGGUUCGCCGGCUGUGUCGAAAACCCGUCUGACGGCUGCGAUCAUCGCCAGUUGCACUCCCGAGUGUACUGCAGCUCACUGCACUGAUGAGUGCAAGUGUGCUCAUACCCACCCAAAGGUGCAUGCCAUGUGCAAUCCGCCAGCGAAUGCCCAGCUUGCGGACACCUGCCAAAAGUGGUACUCGAAGUGUCCAAUGUUCCAGCCGGUACAAUACUAUUAG